GACAACGUGUGGUGUUUGCGGCGUCCAGUGAGAAUACCUUAUAUGUAAUAAGGACAGCGGGAAUAAGGGACGGACUUUGAAACAGUCUUGUGUUGGGAACCGAUUAACCGUGACUCUGUGGUUCCGGAACAACUCAGUCCACACAGCUGUGGUGACAAAAAGAGCGAGAGAAUCAGUCAAAAAGAAAGACGGGUGAAAUGUAUUUAUGAAUGUAUAGCAUUGUCGUGAGUGUAGAAGUCUACGUACACUGUAGCCUAUAGUUUGCAUACAGGCGGAGUUUGUAUAGCAUUUGUAGCUUACAAUGUUGUCAGUAAAGACGACCACCUAGACCAAAGUUCAUGCGGGUCGCUGGGAAGGCACUCCUUCCUCUAUCAAACUGUACUUAUUCUCUACCAAACUAUACGUGUUCUGACGUAAUCGCUUCAAGAAAUGUCCAUCAUGUCUUACAAAAGCCAAAAAGUUCAGGCCUUACCCUUUAUCUCUGACGGUUUACCUUAAGGUCUUCUCAAGUAGUUUGCUGUCUUUCCUGUGCGGCCGGCGACUGGGUGACCCACCUAUUUAUAAUCAGCCACACCUCCACGCAGGGACUGACGCGCGGAGGAUUUACAGGUAGUCGCUGAGAAGACUACAGAGUUGUAACAGAACCUGAUAACAGGAUAGUCGAGGCAAUUUGCCGAAGGCGACUAUUCCGGGGAAACUUGCUAACGGUCUACGGUGCGCGGUCUCUAAUUAACAGUGAGGAGAAGUGUACACGUGAACUGAACAUCGGUGCCGGUCUUAACGAAUGACGUGACUCUAAACAUUUCUCAGCACUUCCGGUGGAAUUCACCAAUCAGUGUCUUUGACACAAAGACAUUUUCGUAUCAUGGCUCCCUCGUCAAGGACGACGGUAUUUUUUGGGUUAGGACUAUCAUUGGGCCUAGUUAUUUCAUUCACUUUGACUACUUACUCGUCGUUGAAAUUAACACUGCCCAAGAUUGUCUAUCACGCCUCCUAUGGCUCUGAACUCGGUUCGGACGUGGAUAAAACUAGAGGUCUCAACAUAGAUGAGCAUAUUUUGUUUCCAAAUGAAAGAGCAAACAAUCUGAAAGGCCCUAAUCGAUUCCCACAGAGCAUUCAUUCGCACGAAGAACUCGACAAACUGGGAGGCCCAGACAAAGAAUUCCACUUUAAAGAUGCGCAUGCGCACAAUGAUGAUUCCACAGUUGCCGAGGAAUUGUACCACAAAGUUCGCGUCCUCUGUUGGAUAAUGACGUCACCAGAUAAUCUUCAAAAGAAAGCCAUUCACGUGCGAGCCACGUGGGCUAGGCGAUGUAAUAAACUUCUGUUUAUGAGCUCCGUAACAAAUAGCUCCUUUCCGACCAUAGGACUGAAUAUAUCCGAAGGGCGGGAACAUCUGACAGCCAAAACAAUGCGCGCGUAUAACUACGUCGCCGAUAACUACAUGGACGAAGCUGAUUGGUUCAUGAAGGCAGACGACGACACUUACGUCAUCUUGGAGAACCUGCGUUAUUUCUUGUCGGAUGUUGACCCUAACGAACCGGUGUUCUACGGUCACCUGUUUAAAACGAUUGUGAAACAGGGUUAUUUUAGCGGAGGAGGGGGCUAUGUCCUGAGUAAAGAGGCACUAAAACGCCUUCGAGGACGUGACCAAAAUCAAUGCCGUAGUGACGGUGGAGCGGAAGACGUGGAAAUUGGCAAGUGUAUGGAAAAACUUGGUGUAAAAACAGGAAAGUCUCACGAUUCUUUCGGACGGAGUCGCUUUCACUGUUUUGACCCAGAGAUGCAUCUGCGCGGGGGCUUUCCUGACUGGUACUAUACUUACGAUGCUCAUGGAGCCAAAUCGGGCCUGGGUAGCAUAAGUGACUAUGCCAUCUCAUUCCACUAUAUACCUCCUCAAAGGAUGUAUGCGUUGGAGUUCUACGUGUAUCAUCUACGCCCUUAUGGUUUGGUCUCCAAAUCACAGAGCCUUAACCUAAAGACAAACAGUACGUCCUAGUCCCCUAAAGACAAACAGUACGUCCUAGUUCCGUUCAUCAUCGGGGUCACAUUCCACAUCCACCUGUAAACACUUCCGAUCACGUGUUGUGUGUCUGACGUCAGAAAGUAACAAUUUGAGAUGUUGAGGACAAUAAAUAACGUUGUUAGUACCAACCACAAAGCCAGUGCUAGUCCUGAGCGAAGUUCGUUAAAACCAAUGCUACAGAAAAGCAUACACCAAGAUGACGAGGAAAGAUUUCCCUCGACAUCAGAUCACAACAGAAGCUCUUGAAUAACCGGCGUAUGUUGAUACUUGCGUGACCGGUUUAGAUAUAGUAAUAUGAGCUUAUAAUCGAGUUAAAAUGAUGACUGCAACUGAUGUUUACAAGCGCUGUAACCAGAAGAAAGUAGUGAAAUAUUUGCUUCCAUAAAUGUUUUCUUCCUUCCUCUUUGACUUUGGGAAUUGGGAAACAUUGGGAAUUCUUCCCCGUCUAACGCUGUUUGAAUAUCCCUGUGAUUUUGACUGAUUUAUGCAAGGAAAAUUUCACCAUGGAAUCGUUUCCUAUUGGACGCAUCAUGUGAUGUCAAACUUCGUUGUGUUGUCAAACUUUGUUGUACCGAGGAGCUGUUUUCCUUGUUCAGUGGCUAUCGAAGGCAUGGAGCAGACGAUCAUAAAUUAAGCAGUUUGCUCCCAAGAGUUCUGUACAACUUGUGUACAAAUUUUUCCUCCCGUAUUCUUCUGACAUUUCAGAGCUGUUAGCUGAGGCUUCGUUUUGGUGCGAGUGCAUGUGUACUGGUGUGUGUUGUGCAACGUAGAAGGGUGUGUCAUAUUGAACAACAUAAUUCGUGAUCUAACCUUGUCUCUGGUGCCAAUGAGGCACAGGUGUUUUGACCUCAAGUCCAUUUUGUUGGUGUGCUAGGAUCUCCUGCCCUCCUACAACAUUUUAACUGUGACACAAAGAAAAGCAUGUAUAUUACUUAGUUACUUAGUUACUGUUGGGGUGUAAGUCGUGUGAUGGCGUGGCAUAAUUUUGAUUUAUUUUAAUUUAACGGUUUAUAUUUAUUGGCAUCGUCCUUGUCCAGAAUAACUCAUGUCAGGGUUUACAUGCAUACAUACAUACAUAUUGGUUUAUAUGGCGACUCCUUUUUUAAGUUUUCGUAUAUUUAUUCAUACUUAUUUCAUACAUUAUUUCAUACAAAUUAUGGACUUAAGAAAACAGUUGGCUCAAGUCAUCCAAGAACAUGCAGAUAAUCGACUUUUGACAAAUUGGAGGCCCUGAAGUACAUUGUCUCACUGUGGCUUAAGACUUAUCAGGAAGUCUACCUGCGCAUGGACAUUUCUUCGGAAGAAAAAACGUGAAACGUACAUGCGAGUAUGCAUGUUUUGAGAUCCACAAAUUUGUGUAAGUUUACAUGAUUGGAUAUUGAAGAUUACGACAGCUUGUGGGUCGACUCCAUGUUUUGUGUGAUUGCACGAAAUACACCACAGGUGAACUAAGUAUUUUAAAUGAUGUAUUGGCAUCCAGUUCAGUAGAAGCCUUAUUUCCAAAAAUAAUGACCGGGAAGAACUUUCUCAUGUUAAAGACACAAAAGUCAAGUUAAUUAUUUACUUUUGCUCGACAAGUAUUUGUAUACAGUCAGUAAAUACCAAUAAUACAGAGAGAUAAAACUUAAAUGAAUAGGUUUUGUUACAGGUUACAAGAUAAGCCGUUCAAGAAAACUAUUCAGACACCUUUUGGAGAAAAGUUUUAGAGAAUCUCGGAUGUUAUUGGUUUUUUGUCAAAUUGGACGUUUGAAUAUUGUAUCCGUUGCCUUUCUUUUUGAACAUUAGUGUCCCACUGUGUAUCCAUAUUGUGCUUCCACUGGUCAGAUCAGUCCAAGCUUUUUGAAAACCUGUCAGUUUAUCUCUAUUUUGUGAAUUACAUGCAGCUAUAUACAGGAGAGUUUUAAAUCUGUGAAAGUAUAAGAAUCAAUCCCGACAUUCGUAUACCACUGGCAGAGUAUGUAAUAAUGUAAGUAGUAAAAAUGCUGAGAAAUUGAGAAACUCUCACACAUUGGGUUAGACAGAGUAAGAGUAAAUACAUCAAUGGCCUUCAGUCUCCCAUUUGUCUGCAGGUAACUCAUUCGUGAAAAGACACAGAAAGGGACAGACACAUAAGACUGUCUUCACAUGUUUACAUCAGAGACAGAAGUGCUAACCAGAAGUCAUGCGUUAAUUUGUAUUACUAUACAGACCAUAAAAAUGCCCACAGAAAUGGUGUACGCCAGAAUCCGGUUUACACAGGCAGUCGGAGAUGUUACGGAGGUUGGAUUUGAACCGCUUCAUGGUAAGUGUGUUAAUGACGCCAUGCAAAUAUCAAGGGCUGUAAUACUUCAUGCAUGAAUGGCAUAUCUUGCAUCAGGGUUUCAAUCCACCAAGCAGAUUUGGAAGUAUUUAAGGGCGGUGGUUUCUCGUUUACAUGGAAAUGAGGCAAAACGUCCUUUUUCAGAAAAGAAAUAGGUAGAAUUCAAAUGUGUCCCUGUGUUAUUCCAACAUAAAGCAGGAUUCUGCUGGUGGACUAAAAAUCCCGGAGGGCUGGUCCAUUAGCAUUGUUUUAAUCUUACUGUAUAUUAAAUGUGAUGAUAACACAGCAUUUUGAGAAAUUCUAGACCAGUUACGUCUAACAGAAUGCAAUUAAUAUCACUGCAUUUUUUUUACCUAAUUCUGCUUAAGCCAUGGUGCUAGGGGGCUUGUAAUUCGCUACUGUUUAUGUAUUUUCAUGAACAGUUAGAAUAAAACCCUGACUGAGGUAAAUUGACAAGGGGCCAUAUUUCACCGGUUACCUGUUACCAUUUGCCAGCUGUCACACUCGUCGCUGCUAUGGAUUUACUUUCUAGGCUGUACGUCUUUUGUAGUAUUACUCAUGGAUGGCCAAGUUUCCUAAUUCAUUGUCUUGUGACAUUACUUGAUGUGAACUAUGCAAUGAAAGUAUAUGUUACAUAAAAAGGUAGUAAAAACUUAUCCUAUCACACUUCGUAUAUGUACAGAGCGGGUUCUUUCUCUGUGUUUGGGAGUUUAAGAGUACUAAAAAUGACAAUAGCUCAAUAGCUUCUGUACUUAUUGAUUGGGAAUGUUACUCAUCUAUAUUGAAAAUUUAUGCUAUCUUGAUUGAAAUAUUAGUUCAAUUAUGAAUGAAAUACUUUUAUUAACAUCUUCAUGUGCUGGGUUUAAAUUUCCCAGAUUGUUUUGGCUAUAUUUGUUUACUGGAUAUGAUAUUCGUCUAUAUUAGAACUUUGCGACUUGUUGAUUGAAAAGUAAAACUGAAUUAAAAAUAAAAUAUAUUUUUGAACAUCCACAUUCUGUGCUUGAAUUCCCGGGACUGUUUUGUCUGUCGUCAUGGAUGUAACAUAUGGUGAGUGCAUGUGCUUGAAUUCCCGGGACUGUUUUGUCUGUCGUCAUGGAUGUAACAUAUGGUGAGUGCAUGUGCUUGAAUUCCCGGGACUGUCUUGUCUGUCGUCAUGGAUG